GAGGAAGAGCAGUCAUAUCAGGAAACAUGUGACUUCAUCUUCUUCAUAAAUACAAGCAGGAAAACAAGAGAGAGGAAGUAUUUCUGCAGCAGCGAUGGGCCCGAGUCACGAAGGCCUGAUGUUGGCGAGCCUGCUGCUCGUCUCCCUGUGUCUGGGAGCAGCAGCCACGUUUGACGGCCGGCUGGACGACCACUGGCAGCUGUGGAAGAAGGAGCACGGAAAGAUGUACCAAAGUGAGGAGGAAGAUAUACGCCGCAGGGAAUUGUGGGAGAAUAACCUGAUGCUCAUCACAAAGCACAACCUGGAGCACUCGAUGGGGAUUCAUACGUAUGAUCUGAACAUGAACUUCAUGGGAGAUCUGACGUCGGAGGAAAUCAUGCAGCAUUUUGCCACGCUCCGUCCUCCCACCGACAUCCAGAGGGCGCCAUCUCCCUUCGCAGGGGAGUCCGGCGCCGACAUCCCAGACACCUUGGACUUGAGAGAGAAGGGAUAUGUCACACAAGUCAAGAUGCAGGGAGCGUGCGGUUCCUGCUGGGCCUUCAGCGCUGCCGGGGCCCUGGAGGGCCAGCUGGCCAAGGUCAGAGGAAAGCUGGUGGACCUCAGUCCCCAGAACCUGGUGGAUUGUUCCACCAAGUACGGAAACCACGGCUGCAACGGGGGCUUCAUGCACCAGGCCUUCAAGUACGUCAUCGACAACCAGGGCAUCGAUUCUGAAGCUGCGUACCCGUACGCAGGAAGGGACCAAGACUGCCGCUACAGAGCCGUGUACAGAGCAGCCAACUGCUCUUCCUACCGUUUUCUGCCUCAAGGGGACGAGGGGGCUCUGAAGGCGGCGCUCGCGACCGUCGGACCCAUUUCAGUGGCAAUUGACGCCAGACGGCCCAGAUUUGCUUUCUACAGGAGUGGCGUUUACGAUGACUCCAGCUGUACCCAGAAGGUGAAUCACGGAGUUUUAGCUGUGGGCUACGGCACACUGAACGGACAAGACUAUUGGCUGGUGAAGAACAGCUGGGGAUCCAGAUUUGGGGAUCAAGGUUACAUCCGGAUGGCACGCAACAAGAACGACCAGUGUGGCAUCGCUCUGUACGGCUGCUACCCCAUCAUGUAACGCCAGAGCAGCCCAGGAGAAUCUCAUCAUGAAUUAUUCAUUCUUAAUCUCCAUUUUUACUACAAGUUUCCACAUACUAACGCUCAGAACCAGCAUAUUUGGUGCUUCUCUCUUAAACCUUAGGAACAUUUAAGUUUUUUUUCCUUGUCUGUGUGUAAUUAUGUGUAUUUGUUAUAAAGAGACGGGCGUGAUCCUUGCAGAGACUCGGUCUCAGUCAAUUUACCAAUCGGGUCAGCCCUCAGCGGUUAUCUGUGCCGCGUUGCGGCUCCGGGGAAGACAAAGCCUCGCGUUUGUGUGUUAAACCUGCCAUAAAAACCGCCUGAAAGGAUUCCAUUGACUCUUAAGGAAAUUGACUUGUUGGUCAAUUUAGCUUUUACAUGUAACAACAGAAGGAAGGAUAAAAUCAAUAGCUGUCUGACUAGUAGGCAUCCUGAGAGCAUGCUGAUGUGUUAGGAUACUGUACAUUAGCUGCAUAUAGCCAAAUAAUGCCAACUUCUACUUUUUUUUAAGUUUUUACUGCUCCUUUCAUUAAGUCAUCAAAAUAAUAGAUUAAUCCUGCUGAUUUGUUGUUUUUAGGGCAGUACAGUUAGCCAGCAAGAGUAAAAAAUAAUCCAUCCUGCCAAGCAAAGUGUAAAAACAACUUUAUUAAACGUAAUUUAACUGGAAGUUAAGUUCUGGAGUAUUUCUUGAAUUGUAAAUAAAGGGAAUUGUGAAAUAUG